AUGCGUUAUAUCAAUGGAUUAUUGAUGUUAAGACUGAUAACAGUAUGUACAAUUAUAUUCAUAGUGAAUGAUCUGGAUGUAAUAUAUGAUUUGAUCUGGUUAUCGAUUGAUUCAAUAAAUGCGAAAUUUUCCUAUGAAAGCAUUAUAUCGAAGAACAAUGUAUCGCUACUGGCCUGGAAAGAUGUGGAUAUAUUCUCACCACCAAAACUCAAUGAUACGAUAGCCGAAGUGUUACGACUUAACGAAUUAUUAGCUCAUAAACAAUACAAAUGUGAGGAAGGUAUCACUGUUGGUGACAGUAAAGGAGCUUUUACGAUUUGUACAGAUGGAAGAUUGAACAAGACAAUACGCAAUGCUUUGUUCAUUAGUGAACGAUGGACAUUUUUUGUUCCUGAAGGAUUCAAAGCACUUGACAAUUUAGGAAACGUCGAUGCGGAAAUGCAUUAUCUUUUCGAUCUAAACGAUAAUGGUAUUUGGGAUUUCGAUGAUAUAUUUGGUGAAUUAUUACAUAGGCAAUUUGAUAUCGCAUUUGUCAACUUUUAUACACCCAUUCAGAAUGGAGAAUUGAGAAUGACACGACUGCAAAAACUUCGUGAUGCACCGAAGCUAAUGGAACAAGUUUUGAAGGUUUUGCAAUCAGACCAGCUACACCUGACCAUCGAAAUUGGAAAAAAUAUGGAAAAUUUGUUAUAUGAUUGGUAUUUAUUAUUAUAUCAGAUGUACUUCAAAUAUCAUUAUGCCCUUAUUGGAGCCGAAACAAAUUCUGCCUGUGAUCGAGCGACUCAUAAUUGCUAUUAUCGACUCAGUUUCAUAAAAAAGGAGCAUCAUCAAGUGGAUUUGCCUAUUUUUGGCUUUGGUUCGCCAAUGGAAGAAAAGAAGCGACUUAUGAAGUAUCUGACAACAUUUAGAAAGGAAAAUAUGGAAUGUAAUAAAGUGUCGGAGAUUAAAAAUGGCAUACCUUUGCUAUGUAAACUAAAUGUAACGGAAAAAUGUACUAUAGUGUAUGUGAGUUAUCGUGGAUUUGAAGUAAUGGAGAAUUUCGAGCAUUUUCUUCCUUGUAAAGUGCAUUUUUUCUCACCAGUAGAGUCAAAUAAAAGAUUGAUUUCAACUCAAAAUGUAUAUCCUUAUGGCAUUUCACCAUAUUUUUCAAAAAUUGUACAGUUCCUGAUGGCAGUGAUAAUAAUGCAUGGCUUUUGA